AUGAAUCCCGUCUGCAAAGUGAUAUGCGUAUCGGUUGGUCUAUUGUUCGGCCUCAUCUUCGCGAUGAUGAUCCCGGCGAACGUCGGUAAAUUCGCAAAAGAAAUUGUCCGCAGUGGCCUUCGUCAAGGAAAAAUUGGCGAUUCAGUGGCACGCCGGGCCGCAUUUGAUGAUGCCAUUCUCAAAAUGAAUUAUGGCAUGGCCUUUGGUGGCGCGCCUAGCUUUUCUGGGGUCCCAUCUGCUUACACCCCGGGCUGUGUUGCCGCCUCAAAUUGGACAUCGUGUUCCUGUUUUAUCGGGGGUCUUCCUGACUUCGCUUGGCAGGCAAUCCCAGAUAAGCUCAACGCGGACAAGGAAAUCAUGGUCAUCCUACGCGUGUAUGCGAAGAGCGGUGUACAGGUCCUCCAAGCCGGGCUAGACAUAAACGGUUGGAUGAUUGAUUUUGGCGGCGCGGGAGUCCCGGGGGCAUUCCAUAACCCAGCGUACCUCGCGAGUCCUCCAACCACAUCCUUCGCGAAAACUUGGUGUGUCUCAUCCUACACUGUGAAGGAGUGCUGGACACUAUACAUCGGAGAGGAUAUGGAGACAUCAGCCGCCAUCAUGGCCCCCGUUGGUGCGAUUAUUAUGGCAGUCCUUUUCUUUGGUAUCGACCUCCUCGUAUUCAUGGUGCUGUUCUUGAUGGCGGGGUCGGGGUCUAAGGUGGGUCCUGCCAAAUAG